GGAGCAUUUUAUCGAGCAAUUCUAUGACGCCUCACCGUGGUGAUAGCGGUGCUGAUAUAAUAUGGAUUGUGGAAACUGAAAAAAUAUUUUCGGACAAAAUACGCAUAAUGUUUCGGACAGUGUCAACAAUUUUGAAGGGAUCUGCUUCAGCUAUACCAAAAGGCAACAUCGCUAUUGGAAGCUAUUUGCAGCGCAGAUAUUUCAUCCAAUUGCUUGAUAGAAUUCUCAACAGCUUUGACAAAGAGCGGCUGCAGUCAGUUGGUCCAGACCGAUUGUGUGCAGAGUGGGUUCUGAAGACCGGUGGUCGUGUCCGUUGGGCAGGGGCCAACCACUGGCUCCAGGACUUCAACUUCCUACCCCCAGAAGACUUUGACAUGAAACUGCAGGACAUUGAUGCAACUGAGUGUUCAGUUAUGUCAUCAGGAUUUAAGCAUUUUCAGGACUGCCAGCACAUUAGGUCAGUGAAGCUGCACGGAUGCAAGUACGUGGAUGACGUCUGCAUGCUCCUCCUGCAGGAUAUCAGCGGCUCUCUGCGCCAGCUCCAGGUCUCCUCCAACAAGAAGGUCACAGACAAGGGGCUCGUUAAUCUUACUAAGCUCGUCCACCUGACAGACCUACAUCUGAAAGAUCUUCCGUCCGUCCAAAACAAACAAGAGUGCUACCAGCAAUUGACAAAGGCUCUCCCAAAUUGUGACAUUAUGUAUAUGGAUGUGAAAUGAAUUUCUAUCUGAUUUAUAUGGACAUAUUAUUUGUUUAAGCCUAAUUUCGCACCACAUAUAUACAUGUGUAUGGUGAAAUAACAGUUUGAUUUACGUGCCUUCGUUAUUAGUUUAUGGUAUGUUUGCUUCAUAUUGUAUUUCUUGUCCUGCUUAUGGUAUUCACAUGUCUCUAUCUAAAGUUAGAGAAGCAUGCACACAUUGCGCUCCAGAUGUUGAUCUAAGUAAAAGCUUAAUACCCAACUUCUUUAACAUUUGGGUUUUAUUUUUAUUAAGAAGGCAUUGUUAUGUAAGUUAUUCAAUCUUAUCAUUGUUUUUCAGUUUAAAACAAUCAUGCAGUAGAAACAUUUGCACCAUGGACAUAAAAAUAGAAUAUCGAUCACUUAGAACGAGCAAAAUUUACGAACAGAGCAAAAUUUACGAACAUGACAUGAAGAAGUAUAAUUAUGCAUUAAAUAUUGUUCCAACUUUGGACAUUGUGGCUGGAAAAUCCAUAGCUGUCAAAGAUUGUUAUAUUCAACUCACUUUGUUGUUUUAACAUUUUAAAACUUACCAAUGAAAUUA